AUGCCUACCGAAACCUUCAGCUACGGCGAGGACCACGACCUCCAAACAGUGACAGUAACCACCUUAUCAGAAACAUCCCACAAAGGUUACUGGAUAAUCCUAAUCCACGGCGGCGCCUGGCGCGACCCAGACAUAACCUCCCUCAACUUCGCCAACCCUGCCGAAUCCCUCCUCGCCUCAUCCCCAACCUACGCCCACACCCAGCGCCACAUCGCCGCCUUCGCAUCCAUCUCCUACCGUCUAAGCCCCACCCCAAAUAACCCCCAGAACCCCUUAAGCACUAAUCCCCGGGAAUAUCGCGGAUCCAAACACCCCGAUCAUAUCAAUGACGUGCAGUCUGCCCUAGCCUUCCUGCAACGUGAAUACGGAUUUGGGGAGCAGUAUAUACUCGUUGGACAUAGCUGUGGGGGCACACUGGCGUUUCAGUCAGUGAUGGGUCGGUUUAGUGCGGGGGUGUCGCAUGGCCCGGUGGCUGUGCUGGGUCUUUCCGGGAUCUAUGAUUUGAAGUUACUUCGGGAUACAUUUAAGGGGAUCUCAGUGUAUCAGGAUAUUGGGGAGGGGGCGUUCGGGGCUGAUGAGGCUAUUUGGGAUGCGGUUUCUCCGGCUGUGGUGUUGGGGAAGGAUGGUGUGGAGGGUGGGUGGGGGUCUGGUCGAUUGGCUGUUCUGGCGUACUCAUCUGAGGAUUCGCUUGUGGAUGCUAAGCAGUGGGAAGUUAUGAGAACUGCUCUUUUAGAUAGGUGGGUGAAGGAGCAGUCUCCAGCUCAAAAGAGGUCCGUUGAGAUGUUGUCUCUCAAGGGUCAGCACGAUGAAUGCUGGGAGACAGGAGAGGAGCUGGCGAGAGCUAUCGCUUUUACUAUUGAGAAGUUACAGGAGAUGAUCUCUGCAUAG